CAAAAAGGUUAUUAAGCCAAAAUGAUUCUUUCCCUGCCUUUGACGAACACCACCAACUAAAGAGUAGCACCACUUUAUACACAAUCGCCAACAGAAGCCCUCAGUUUCAGAUCUCUAAUAAAGGAUAUUUCAUAUAGCUUGUCAGAAAUGGCUUCAUUCAAGGCAUUUUUGAACAGCCCUGUUGGCCCUAAGACAACUCAUUUUUGGGGUCCUGUAGCCAACUGGGGAUUUGUCAUUGCUGGACUGGUCGACACACAAAAACCACCAGAAAUGAUAUCAGGCAACAUGACCUCAGCAAUGUGUGUUUAUUCUGCAUUGUUCAUGAGAUUUGCAUGGAUGGUUCAGCCUCGGAAUUAUCUUCUUCUGGCAUGCCAUGCCUCAAAUGAGUCAGUGCAACUCUAUCAACUAUCACGUUGGGCAAAGAGUCAAGGAUAUUUGCAACAGAAUGCAGCCAAAGCUGAGUGAUCUAGUGUUCUUUCUUGUUUAUUUUUGGACAAAUUUGCUUGGCAUUUCUGAAUGCUUUCAUCAAUUGUUGCAAAAAUGUUUAUAAAGAAGCAUUAAACUUUUGCAGUUUGAGUAACUGUUGGAUCUACACGUUAAUAAACCAAGAAAAAAGUAAUGAUUUUUGGAA